AUGGCUAUGAAUGUGUUCUGGGUCACCGGUGUCUCCACAAGAACGAUUGCUCCUGAACAGGAGAAGGCAUUUAGGGAGGCCACAAUUGUAUUUCUAGGUGCAGUUCUUAGCGUGAUCGGAGAUAAAUUGGUUGACGCAUAUUUACAUGUGCAUGUUGCCAAGGACUUGUGGGAGGCGCUCGAAUCUAAAUUCGGGGCCACCGAUGCUGGGAGCAAGAUGUAUAUUAUAGAGCAGUUCCACGAUUACAAGAUGGUUCAGAACCGCCCGGUAUUGGAGCGGGCUCAUGAGAUAAUAGGCACCGUUAAAGAGUUUGAGCUUCUUAAGUGCGAUUUAUCGGGCAAGUUUGUCUCGAGAAGUAUAAUCGCUAAGCUCCCUAAUUCGUGGAGAAACUUUGCUACCACUCUGAAACAUCAGAGGCGUGAAUUCUCAGUAGAGGAUGUCAUCAACCAUCUAAGUGUUGAGCAGAAGUCGAGGGCAAAGGACUCACACAGGAAAGGGGUCGAAGGAACUUCUCUUGCCAACAUGGUGAACCAGAGGAACUUCAACUCCCACAAGCCCAAGGGAAAGAACGGUGUCCAACACAAUACCGACUUUAAGAAGAAGGGUAAGAAGACCUUCAAGAACAAGAAGGAUGAGGGCUGCUUCACUUGUGGUUCAGUUGAACAUUGGGCCAACAAGUGCCCAAAAAGUAUAAGAAGCCAGGACAGGACUCAAAUUCUGUCAACAUGA